GCAGCCGGCACCUCAUUCAUUUCCAUCGGUCCUUGGGUUUACAGCUCCGGCCCUCGUCACCGCCGUCCCUCCGCUGGUGACGCCCCCGCAAAGGCUUCGCCGUCGCCGAGGCCUCCUCUCAGCGACUCGUCGCAACUGGAUUCUCUUUCACUGGGUUCCUCCAGCACACCGCAACCAUUGACGCCAUGUCGAGUUAUUCUAGUGACCGAGACCGCGGCCGGGAUCGAGGGUUUGGUGCACCUCGAUUUGGAGGGAGUAGAACAGGACCCCUAUCUGGAAAGAAGUUUGGAAAUCCUGGGGAGAAACUAGUUAAAAAGAAGUGGAAUCUUGAUGAGCUGCCCAAAUUUGAGAAGAAUUUUUAUCAGGAACACCCUGAUUUGGCAAGGCGCACCGCACAAGAGGUAGAUACGUACAGAAGAAGCAAGGAAAUUACAGUCAGAGGUCACAACUGUCCAAAACCUGUUCUGAAUUUUUAUGAAGCAAACUUUCCUGCGAAUGUCAUGGAUGUGAUUGCAAGGCAGAACUUCACUGAACCCACUGCUAUCCAAGCUCAGGGCUGGCCAGUUGCUCUCAGUGGAUUGGAUAUGGUUGGAGUAGCUCAGACUGGAUCUGGGAAAACAUUAUCUUAUUUGCUGCCUGCCAUUGUACACAUAAACCACCAGCCAUUCUUAGAGAGAGGUGAUGGGCCUAUUUGCUUGGUGCUGGCACCAACUCGAGAACUGGCACAGCAGGUGCAGCAGGUCGCUGCUGAAUAUUGUAGAGCUUGUCGCUUGAAGUCUACUUGCAUCUAUGGUGGUGCUCCCAAAGGACCGCAGAUUCGUGAUUUGGAGAGAGGUGUGGAAAUCUGUAUUGCAACACCUGGAAGACUGAUUGACUUUUUAGAGUGUGGGAAAACCAAUCUGAGAAGAACAACUUACCUUGUCCUUGAUGAAGCUGAUAGGAUGCUUGAUAUGGGCUUUGAACCCCAAAUAAGGAAAAUUGUGGAUCAAAUAAGACCUGAUAGGCAAACACUAAUGUGGAGUGCAACUUGGCCAAAAGAAGUAAGACAGCUUGCUGAAGAUUUCCUGAAAGACUAUAUUCAUAUCAAUAUUGGUGCACUGGAACUGAGUGCAAACCAUAACAUUCUUCAGAUUGUGGAUGUGUGUCAUGAUGUCGAAAAGGAUGAAAAACUUAUUCGUCUGAUGGAAGAGAUCAUGAGUGAGAAGGAGAAUAAAACCAUUGUUUUUGUUGAAACCAAAAGAAGAUGUGAUGAACUUACCAGAAAAAUGAGGAGAGAUGGGUGGCCUGCCAUGGGCAUCCAUGGUGACAAGAGUCAACAGGAACGUGACUGGGUUCUAAAUGAAUUCAAACAUGGAAAAGCUCCUAUUCUGAUUGCUACCGAUGUGGCCUCCAGAGGGCUAGAUGUGGAAGAUGUGAAAUUUGUCAUCAAUUAUGACUACCCUAACUCCUCAGAGGAUUAUAUUCAUCGAAUUGGAAGAACUGCUCGCAGUACCAAAACAGGCACAGCAUACACUUUCUUUACUCCCAAUAACAUAAAGCAAGUGAGCGACCUCAUCUCUGUGCUUCGGGAAGCCAAUCAAGCAAUUAAUCCCAAGUUGCUUCAGUUGGUCGAAGACAGAGGUUCAGGUCGUUCCAGGGGUAGAGGAGGCAUGAAGGAUGAUCGUCGUGACAGAUACUCUGCAGGAAAAAGGGGUGGAUUUAAUACCUUUAGAGAUAGGGAAAACUAUGACAGAGGCUACUCUAGUCUGCUUAAGAGAGAUUUUGGGGCUAAAACUCAGAAUGGUGUUUACAGUGCUGCAAAUUACACCAAUGGGAGCUUUGGAAGUAAUUUUGUAUCUGCUGGCAUACAGACCAGUUUUAGGACUGGUAACCCAACAGGGACUUACCAGAACGGUUAUGAUAGCACUCAGCAAUAUGGAAGUAAUGUUGCAAAUAUGCACAAUGGGAUGAACCAACAGGCAUAUGCAUAUCCUGCUACCGCAGCUGCUGCGCCUAUGAUUGGCUAUCCGAUGCCAACAGGGUAUUCUCAAUAAGACUUUAGAAGUAUAUGUAAAUGUCUGUUUUUCAUAAUUGCUCUUUAUAUUGUGUGUUAUCAGACAAGAUAGUUAUUUAAGAAACAUGGGAAAUGCAGAAAUGACUGCAGUGCAGCAGUAAUUAUGGUGCACUUUUUUCGCUAUUUAAGUUGGAUAUUUCUCUACAUUCCUGAAACAAUUUUUAGGUUUUUUUUGUACUAGAAAAUGCAGGCAGUGUUUUCACAAAAGUAACUGUACAGUGAUUUCAAAUACAAUAAAUGAAGGCAAUGCAUGGCCUUCCAAUAAAAGAUAUUUGAAGACUGAAUUAAGUGGAAAUUGUACUUUAUUUUACAUAUAUAAUGUCAUGUAAAACUUGGCUUAGAUAGUAUGUUUUUGGGGGGAUUUUUGUUUUGGUGUUUAUUUUUACACAACUAAAGUUGACUACUUCCCAUUCCUUGGUUUAGGAGAGGAACUCAGAAGGCCCUUUGUAUGGGAAGAAUUUAGAAACAAUGGAUUUUAUAAUUCUAGAUUAAUUGCAUAAGAAGCUUUGUCAGUAGUUUUCAGUAUCAGGGAAGUAAGUCAUUUAAUAGCCUAUUUUCCUUAAGAGUGAGCUACAGGACAGGAACUGUAUAUAAGUAACAUGGUGACUCUUGAAGAAGUUUUAAGUGGACCUUUUGCUUUAUCAAAGUUUUAUUCCAUCUCUUGGCUUUAUUGUCAACUGCCAAAAUGCACAAAGCUGAAAGACUGUUAGCCCAAGAGCUGUGCACUGUGUCCUUAGUGCAGGUUACCUUGUAUUUCUAGUCCUAGCAGACUUGCCAGAGUGCUUAUAGCCAUAUCUGGAAGUCAGGAAUGUCUUGAAACUGUAGGGUAGUCACAAGGAAGGAAACCUCCAAAUUAACCAUUAGUCAGGCAACAUAACCAAAAGCACAGUAAGAAGUUUUUCAGGUUAGGUUCAACAUGGGCUUACAGCUAGAAGGAUGGGAAAGCUUUAGAUUUACGUAAGUUCACCAACUAACAGCUUUAUUUCAGAAUAGCUAGAAGGAGGUCAAAUGUCUUCCCAGAAAACUGUGGUUUUGCCCAGGACAAAAGUCUUAAAGGAAGUUCGUUUAAUUUUUUUUUUAAAUGGGCUUUAUUGUUAAUGCCUUAUUUAUAAAAUGUUAAAACAAAUUAGAAUGUGCUGGGGGUGGGAGCUGGGCGUGUUUUCCAGGGCUGAUAACAUUGAAAACUGGUUCAUCUUCUAGUACUCGAGUGGUUUUCAAUGGCAUGGCUAGUCAAAUUCAUGAUUUUUAAGUAUAGGUGUAGAUUGGAGCAUUUAUUACAUAUUUUACUGUUCAAUGUCUUAAUGUGGACCUUUUAUUUUGUAAAUAAUUAUGGAAAUGAUUGUGGGGCUUGGAAAAAAAUACCUUUGAAGUUUUAAAAGACAGUCCACUUUUUAGCAUGUGUUGUGUCCAGCCUGUGGUCGUCUUAACUAAUAAAUGUGAUUUUUCUCCCCA